UCGCGGUAUUUGCUCAGUGUCUCCCGGCGUCAGGACGUGAGACGGUUCAGCCUCGUGUCGCUAACCGGAGGAAUAAACAAACAAACAAACAAACAGACAAACAAACAAACAAACAGGCUGAGCGGCCUCAUGAGGACGGCUCCGAGCUGACAUGGCCGCCGGAGUGAAGCUGCUGCGGUUCGCCGGCGGGUUUGUGUGCGGCGCGGCGGUCAGCACCGCGUCCUGCGUGGCGGCGCUGCGGCUGCACCGCGCGGAGCCCGAGGAGCCGCGCGCACCGAGCCCGGACACAGUGUCGGAGGUCCAGCAGCUGAUUGGUCGGUUCGGUCUGCCUGAAACCGGCGCCGAGGUGCGUUGCUAUGCCAACCACACACUGUCAUACGACCAGUCCAAGAGGACGCCACGCUGGGUGGCCGAGCACCUGACCAAUCAGAAGCUGCAGGGUCAGGCAGACAGGAAGCACUGCAGGUUCCGAGCAGACCCCGACAUCCCAGCAUGCUUCAGUGCCGGCAACGACGACUACCUGGGCAGCGGCUGGUCCAGAGGUCACAUGGCGCCGGCCGGGGACAACAAGCAGUCAGAGCGGUCCAUGGCGGAGACGUUCUACCUGUCCAACAUUGUUCCCCAGAAUUAUGAGAACAACGCCGGCUUCUGGAACAGGCUGGAGAUGUACUGCAGGGAGCUGACUCAGCGUUUCCAGGACGUCUGGGUGGUGUCUGGGCCGCUGGCUCUGCCUGCCGAGAAGGACGACGGCACCCGGACCGUCUCCUACCAGGUGAUCGGUAAAGACAGCGUGGCCGUCCCCACCCACCUGUUCAAGGCCGUCUUAGUCCAGAGCAGCAACACCACCGACCAAUCAGCAGCCCCCGUCCAGGCCCUGGGGGCGUUCAUCGUCCCCAACCGGCCUAUCGGCUUCGAGCGGAAGCUGAGGGACUUCCAGGUGAGCCUGUCGGAGCUGGAGGGCGUGUCGGGCCUGACCCUGUUCCCCAAGCUGCCGAGGGGCGGCGGCGGCGGCGGCGACGGGCCGGGCGGCGUCGCCGACCUGUGUGAGCUGGACGGCUGUCAGCUGAUGGGCUACAAGGAGUUCACCCUGUACCUGACCGGCAGGAAGGUGGGCGGCGCCCGCUCGCUGGCCAAGCUGGAGCAGCUGAUGGCGGAGCUGCGGCGGCAGGGCAUCGAGCCCGACGACUACCUCAACAAGCUCUACCUGAAGAAGAAGGAGCAGCUGACCAAUCAGGAGCCACCGCAGGGCACGGCGGGGGCGGGGUGAACGAGCGAGGUCACUUCCUGUCGUGUGGGGGGGAAAACGAUGCGGUUUCCUGUGACGGCAUUUCAGCUGCGGCUGCUGGUUCCACGCCGAGUUUUUAUGUUUUUAUAUUUUUAUUUUAAUUAUUUUAUUUUGACAUUGUUGUUGGUUUUCUGCAAACCUGGUGAGAAGAAAGUUCAUUCUCUUCUGUUACAUCCUUCAUGCCAGGAGAGCGCCUCCUGGUGACACAUGUGAGCGACUGCCUGCCUUCAAUAAAUUCAAAGACUUUUUCUCUUUGA